CAGCUGUUUGACCACGGAAAUUCAAAUGACGGCGUGACCGCAGCGAAAAAGCACAGAACCUGCUGGAAGCUUCAUUUCAUCCUCAGUCUGCACUGUACGACAAAACAAGUGACGGUGUCAAACAGCCUUUCUUUCUGCGGCAAAUGGCAAACCUGACGCAUUAAAACCGUCCGUUGAAAAAUAUGAAACGAUUCUUUUAUUGUAUGAACCAGCAGGGAAUCAGACUAUCGUCAGUGGUGCAGCGGACGUGGUAGAGGAUCAUGUGGUGGGCCUGGCUGUUCCUGCCUGCUCUGCUGCUCCUCUCAGAGUUAUCUGUGGCGAGAGUCCAGACAGCAUCAUGCCAGACCUGUCGUAAACUUACUGAAAGUUUCAUCACGGGCUUGGAGAGAACAGCUAACAAAAACUUUGGGGGUGGUAACACAGCCUGGGAAGAAGAGAAGUUGGCUAAAUAUACCCGCAGUGAGACUCGGCUGCUGGAGAUUGUAGAAGCUGCCUGUGAGAAAACAGACUUUGAAUGUAACUGGCUGUUGGAGCAAAUAGAAGACCAAGUGGAAACAUGGUGGUUCCACAGGCAGCAGGAGGCACCAGACCUGUUUGAGUGGCUGUGUAUAGAGGAGCAGAGACUCUGCUGUCUGCCUGGACACUUUGGACCUGACUGCAAAGAGUGUCCGUCAGGACCUGGUGGUGUGUGUGGAGGCCUGGGUCGCUGUGAGGGGGAGGGGACUCGCCUGGGUGAUGGCGAGUGUGUCUGUGAUCCUGGAUACUCGGGCCAUCUGUGUCAGAGCUGCGCUGAUGGCUACUACAGAGAGAAAGGCUCCAAUGAAAGCACAGGAGGCUGCGCAGCUUGCUACCACUCGUGUAAGAAAUGCUCAGGACCACAGGACUACAAAUGUCUGGACUGCAAACCGGGCUGGAUCCUUCAUGACAACAAAUGUGUGGAUAUUGAUGAGUGUGGAACAGAGCUGGCUCGCUGUCCGUCCAACACGUACUGUCACAACACAGACGGAUCUUAUGAAUGCAGAGGCUGUGACCAAGCAUGUGUGGGAUGCAUGGGUAGUGGACCUGCCCGCUGUAAGAAAUGUUCACGUGGAUACAAACUGAAAGGAGCCAAAUGUCUCGAUGUAGAUGAAUGUAAUGAGCGUGCGAUAGCGUGUCCAGGACUCAAUGAGGCCUGCAUCAACGAGGAGGGCUCCUUCCACUGUGACUGUGCUAAUGGCUUCAUCAGAAGAGACAGCAUUUGUGUUGAGAAUAAGCCACCUGUUGACCCAGAUAAGGGUCUGUUUGACGACAUGACGGACGACGAGGUUCUCGUGCUGCAGCAGAUGUUCUUCGGCAUCAUCAUCUGCGCCCUGGCCACACUCGCCGCAAAGGGCGACAUGGUUUUCACCGCCAUUUUCAUCGGAGGUGUGGCUGCCAUGGCCGGAUACUGGCUGACGGAGAAGGGAGACUACAUGUUGGAUGGAUUCCUGAAGGGACGCUAGACUGCCUGCGGCCAAAGCCCUGGAAUACCAAAAGGUAAAAGCGGACGAGCCUUGACUGAGACAGGAAAUAUUCACUACAAUGCUUGCCUUUCAGGGAUUUCUUUUGUUUUGGGGAGUUACUUGAAAGGGCUCGGGUUUAUGUUAAUGAGUAGGAUAAAGCAGGAAAAAAGCGAGAACUUUUAAGGCGACAAAGCCAUAAAUCUUGAAGAAGGCCACAUUGCACUGAUAUAAAGGAACUAAAUCCCCUACCUCGACUCUGUUGGGAUCAAGGGUGACGUGAAGACCACUACUGAUUGUUACAAGUUUAUUAUGCAUCCGAAUAUCUCAUCUGGCCUCGAUGUUGCUCGAGAAAUGAUGUCGUUUUCUUCCACACAAUCAAAAAAACCUCCAGUCCUCGUGUCCAUUGUUUAUUCACUAUGUCACUUCUGUGGAGCAGAGCUUUCCCCGCAGUUUGAAUGCUACACACGGGUGUGGAUGAGGACAUUUCUAGAAUUUCCUUAAAUCAGCCCAAACAGAAACUCAAUGGAACUCUGGGAUCCUUUCUUCAUAAACCACGGGUUAUUUAUGUUCACACAAUGACUGUUUUUAAUUCCUGAAUGUUUCUUUUUGUAGUAACACUGCAUGAUAUAACAGGAAGUGUAAUGAAAUAACUUAUUUUGGCAUGGAACUUUUAGCUGCUGCUGGAUCACCAACACAACUGCUGUUGAGCAAUUAAUGAGUGUUUUUAAGGGAAAAAUACCAGCUCUAUUCUUGAUGAUGUUAGCCAUUUUCUGUUGCCUUUAUUUUUUUUUAAUGAAAUAUUUAUUGGAAGAAUGUUUUAUUAGGUUUUUGCUCAUGAACAUUUCUAUGUACUUUUGUGUGUUUUUUUAAUGUAUUUCAUUAUUUAUUCAAGCAAGCAGGUACUGUAGCAUCAUGUUAAAAAGCCCUGAAGCAUCACUUUUUAUCCAUCCCUCCAUUUAAUUUACUUUUGUUUUUCACCGGGUGAAAAGUAGUGUCACUGUCAUUAUCUAUGUUUGCUUUAUAAUAAAAGUAUGUCACUCCUCA